AUGUGCCAGCAGCAAGUCUCCCUUCCCCUCAGCCAGGGAGAUGACCACCAAGCCCAAUGCUGCUGCCCACAAUCUUACCUUGUCACCAUCAAACACCAACAGCAACAACAACCCAACAACAUGUCCACACCAUUGAUCUCCAAAACCCCAACAACAUCAGAUACUGAUGCAACUACCACUAAAUCAGCAACAAGAGCACCCAUUGUGGCAGAGGCAAUCUCCAUAGCCAGAAUAGCCUUCCCCAUGAUCCUUACCGGGCUACUGCUCUACUCCCGGUCCAUGAUCUCCAUGCUCUUCCUGGGCCGACUAGGAGAGCUCUCCUUAGCUGGGGGAUCGCUCGCUCUAGGUUUCGCCAACAUUACCGGCUACUCGAUCCUGUCUGGCUUAGCUAUGGGGAUGGAGCCUAUCUGUGGCCAAGCCUUUGGUGCACAGAAGCACCAUCUCCUCGGCCUCACUCUGCAACGAGCGGUCCUGCUCCUGCUCCUAACUUCCUUGCCCAUCACUUUCCUGUGGCUGAACAUGAAAUCAAUCCUGUUAUUCUGCGGGCAGGAUUUGGAAAUCGCCUCGAAAGCGCAAUUGUACCUAAUUUACUCUGUUCCUGACCUUUUAGCCCAAUCUUUCCUCCACCCACUGAGAAUCUACCUCAGAGCUCAAUCCAUCACCUUACCUUUAACAUUCUGCGCCACCAUUUCCAUUCUCCUGCACAUACCAAUCAACUAUUACCUCGUUACCCACCUCAAUUUGGGGAUCAAGGGCGUCGCGUUGAGUGGGGUUUGGACCAAUUUCAACCUCGUCGCUUCCCUGAUCCUCUACAUCAUCUUCUCCGGAGUCCACAAGAAGACCUGGGGCGGAUUCUCCCUCGAAUGCUUCAGAGAGUGGAAGUCGCUCCUCGAUUUGGCGAUCCCCAGCUGCGUCUCCGUCUGCCUCGAGUGGUGGUGGUACGAGAUCAUGAUCCUCCUCUGCGGUCUGCUGAUAAACCCUAGAGCGACCAUCGCCUCCAUGGGGAUUCUGAUCCAGACCACCUCGCUAAUCUACAUCUUCCCUUCUUCCCUGAGCUUCAGCGUCUCGACGAGGGUCGGGAACGAAUUGGGCGCGAAUCGGCCGGGGAAGGCGAAGACGGCCGCCGUCGUGGGGCUCUGCUCGAGCUUCUUCCUCGGGUUCACGGCGCUGAGCUUCGCCAUUACCGUGAGGAAAAUCUGGGCGACGAUGUUCACCGACGACGAAGAGAUUGUGGCGCUGACGGCGAUGGUUCUGCCGAUCAUCGGGCUGUGCGAGCUGGGGAACUGCCCGCAGACGACCGGGUGCGGGGUUCUGAGAGGGACGGCGAGGCCGAGGAUUGGGGCGAAUAUCAAUUUGGGGUGUUUUUACCUGGUCGGGACGCCGGUCGCGGUUUGGUUGGCGUUUUGGGCCGGGUUCGACUUCCAAGGGCUGUGGCUCGGGUUGCUGGCGGCCCAAGGGUCGUGCGCACUGACCAUGCUGGUGGUCUUGGGUCGGACCGAUUGGGAAGGGGAGGCACGGAGGGCCCAAAAGCUGACAGGGGAUUUGGCUCGUCAUCAUGAUGACGUGGAGGAUCAGGAGGAGGAUGAUAUGAUUAAGAACAAGGAUUUGGGUACUAAUAAGGAUAAUAAUAACGCUGAAAUCAAGGAGGAUUGUUCACAUUCUUUUGGGGGAGGUGGUGACCAGUUGGAUAGGCAAUAUUCAAUUGUUUAG